CAGGUACAAUUAUUCUAAGCUCAGACUAAGCUUCUGCUCUGCAGCCCCAGCUCUUCUGAUUCAUUACAGUAGAGAUGGAACUUUUGUAUUCAAGGUCUCUUACAUCUGACAUUCCUUGUGUGUGUGACAGCUCUACCAAAAAAAUUCCAUGUCCCCCUGGAGCAGAGCAAACCUGACUCCUUGGCAGUGCAUUUGGUGACAUUUGACACAUUGAUUUCUUUUAGAAAUGGAGUGGCUUUUUCACAGAGAUCUGUCUUAACUGUUUCCUGUCCUUUCCUUUUUUGAACAGACCCUGUGCUAAGGAACAGCAAAUGUCCAACAGCAGCUCCCUCACCCAGUUCCUCCUCCUGGCAUUUGCAGACAGGCGGGAGCUGCAGCUCCUGCACUUCUGGCUCUUCCUGGCCAUCUCCCUGGCUGCCCUCCUGGCCAACGGCCUCAUCCUCAGCGCCGUAGCCUGUGACCACCACCUGCACACCCCCAUGGGCUUCUUCCUGCUCAACCUCUCCCUCACAGACCUGGGCUGCAUCUGCACCACUGUCCCCAAAGCCAUGCACAAUUCCCUCCAUAACACCACAACCAUCUCCUACAAGGGAUGUGCUGCACAGCUCUUUUUCUUUGCCUUCUUCAUGUCAGCAGAGUUUUCCCUCCUCACCAUCAUGUGCUACGACCGCUACGUUGCCAUCUGCAAACCCCUGCACUACGGGACCCUCCUGGGCAGCAGAGCUUGUGCCCACAUGGCAGCAGCUGCCUGGGCCACUGGCUUUCUCUAUUCUCUGCUGCACACAGCCAAUACAUUUUCCCUGCCCCUGUGCCAGGGCAAUGCCCUGGGCCAGUUCUUCUGUGAAAUCCCACACAUCCUCAAGCUCUCCUGCUCACACUCAGGCUACCUCAGGGAAAUUGGGCUUAUUGUGGUUAGUGCCUGUUUAAUGUUUGGUUGUUUUGUUUUCAUUGUUUUCUCCUAUGUGCAGAUCUUCAGGGCUGUGCUGAGGAUCCCCUCUCAGCAGGGACGGCACAAAGCCUUUUCCACGUGCCUCCCUCACCUGGCUGUGGUCUCCCUGUUUGUCACCACUGCCACAUUUUCCGACCUGAAGCCCCCCUCCAUCUCCUCCCCAUCCCUGGACCUGGUGGUGGCAGUUCUGUACUCAGUAUUACCUCCAGCACUGAACCCCCUCAUCUACAGCCUGAGGAACCAGGAGCUCAAGGAUGCCCUGAGAAAAAUGAUGACUAGAUGCUUUUCAAGAGCAAUAACCUGCCUGUUUUCUUCUGCACAACUGUCAUUGUGUAACCAUUUACUGGCCCAGCCUGCUUUCUAA